AUGCAAAUCCCAAAACUUAUCCCGCUCCUCUUCCCCCUCCUCCUCACUCCCGCCUCCGCCCUCAUCGGCGAACACUACGCCUGCAACGACUCCUUGUACGGCGGCCCAUGCGAGACCUUCGCCACACGGCUCGGCGUCUGCGCGAACUACCCUCCCGGCUUCAGCGAUAAGAUCACCUCGAUCAAGAUCAGCAAGGGGCAGUUCUGCAACUUCUACGACAAGCUGGAUUGCUAUGGCACCGCUCUGAGGGUGGAUCACCCAGGGACGGCGAAUCUUAGGGGGAAGAGGUUCGAUAAUAGGGCUAGGAGUUGGAAGUGUUGGGAAUUGUAA